AUGUCACUUAAAAAUAUCAUAUACAAACCCUUCGUCUUAUCAAUAAAAUUCAUGAGGACGAUUGUUUAUCGACUGCAAUUUAAUCCAAUCCUAUUAUAUUUUAAAACUAAUAGUAAAUAUUUUGAGACAGAGAUUGGUAUAUAUGCCUAUUUAUAGAUCAUAAAAUUUGUCAUUAAUCGAUAAUCUCUUCAGGUGGUUAACAAAGUUGCAUUUAUUUCUGAGGUACAAAUUUUUUUAUCUCCUUAGAUUUGUAGAACCGUAAACAAACCUUCAGAUUUUCCUACUGCUUUUCCCAAAAAUUUUUGA